AUGUCAUCCCUUACCAGUUUGUUGGGAGGUCAGAGGCAGAUGACAGACAGUUUGAUUGAGACAGUCAAAACCAAGCAGCAGAAAGCAGCCAAUCAGUUUGCAGAGUGGACGUCAGUAAAUUGGCUGUGUAGAAGGAUUCUACUCAAGAACUUGAUGAAUAGUUGAUUAGUUGAAUCAGGAACACAUUUAUGCCGGCUGGGGACCGGAAUUGAAAACUGAUGACUUCUUGUUGACCAUCUCUUCUUUAUUUCAUGAAGCACUUAAAGGCCAGGCAAUCAGGAGGAGGGCAAACAAGAUUAGGUAAUACUGAUGUAUCUGUUUAUUAUUCAUUGACCUUAACUCUCUCUCUUUUAGAUGGUUGCCGAUGCCACUGAAGGCAAGGUCUAUACUCAGAGUAGGGCCCCGGCUGCAGUACACCAUGAAGUUCCACUCCAACCUGCACCAGGCCCUGGAGGGCCUCCAGCUGCAGCCGCCAUCAUCACCCUCCCCAUCACUAGACCCCAUGAGCUCUGGAGAGCUGGGACACUGUCCACCGGGAGAUGGAGACCAACCAGGAGAUGGGUGGAAUUGUGGAGCGCAUGAGGGAGAAGGUGCAGGAGGUCAGCGCCAUACUGCACCUCAAGAUAAGCUGGGGUGGAUGAGCUGGGAAGGAGGAAGAAGAAGAAGAGGAGGAAGAAGACGAUGAUGAUGAGAAUGAGGGGAAGCCUCCAAAGCCUUAAACUAAAGUCAGGCAAUGCACCCAGAUUCACAACAGCUAGACCAGGCCCAAGGGAACCCAGACCUAGAAGCAGAGAUGGGAGCCCAGGAUGAGCACUCCUGCCUGGAGACUGUGCUGUGGAGGUGGCAGAGGACACUGGGGGGCCAGAGGGACGCGGUGAGGAGGCUGAAGGCUGACAUUUUUACAUUUUAGUCAUUUAGCAGACGCUCUUAUCCAGAGCGACUUACAGUUAGUGAGUGCAUACAUUGCCCUAGAAGAGCACCUGGAGAUCUGGAGGCGGAGGCAGAGAGAGAUAAAAAUGAAAUGCAGGUAAGAUGGAUGCUUGUUUACUUCAAGUGAGUCGUAACUGUCAUGCUUCAUUCACUUUUACUGUUCGUUUUUUAAAGAAAAUAAUAUAGGGAAGCUACACAUGUGGGCCUCCAUUUUAGCCCUGAGCUACAAACCCAGUCUAAUGUUCUGUUUCAGCUGUCUGAAAAUGCAGCCCCAGUUUGACGUGGCUCGGAACCGCUCUGCCGAGUUCCUGAAGGAGAACAACAAGCUGAGCGGCCUGCUUCGCAUGGUGGAGUCCUCGGUGGCCGACCUGCAGUCCCUGCUCACCUACCACCAGGUCCUUGUGGAGGACACCAUGAAGGACAACUCCAUACAACACAAGAUGUAA